AUUCUUAGCCGAGUCUAUACGUGGCGGGUUCCCUCCCUCUUUUCAACUGUUGUGACAAUCGUCUCCCCACGCAUCAUAAUUAAGCCACGGUUAAUUACCACUUACCAGCACGACAAAGUUUACCAAUUAAUGUCCUCUCCAUAAGCCCCUUCUUAAUUACCAUACGAUUAUUCGGCAACAAUUGCAAUCAUUGUAUUUAGAGAAAAGAAGCUCCACCACCAAUGCAAUAGCAAAUCAUGUUUAGAGAGGGACGCCAUUCCCCCGCACACGACUAAUUCAAAAGUCAACCCACCUAGCUGGUUUUUCGUCUCCUUUUCAUUCCUCUCCUCACAUCAAGGACAACCAUUUCUCCUUUAAUUCGCAACUUAAGAUAGAUAGUUUGAAUCUUCAUUUCAAUCAACCUAGCUAACCAUAGUAAUAACCAUGGCGCCACCUCCUAAUUGGCGGACUUGUAGUUAUUUCCUCUUUUCCCUCUUCUCCCUGUUACUCUCCUCGCAAGUGUGCACCAGCGCCGGCGACGCGCCGGAGAUAGUCUACCACGGCGGGGCCCUCCUCACCGGAAACGUUAAACUAGCCCUCGUGUGGUACGGACGAUUCGGGCGAGUCCAGAAGAACACGGUAAGGGCGUUCGUGAAGUCACUAAACUACGUCGGCCACUACCACUACACGUCGCAGCAGCCACUGGUGUCGUCGUGGUGGAAGAUCGUGGAGGCAUAUCAGAGCGCCGCCAAGCAGCCGCAGAGGCCCAUCACGGUGAAGGUGGUGAGGCAGGUGACGGACACCAGCUACUCCAUCGGGAAAGUGAUCACCGCGGAUUUUCUAAAGCCGCUCAUCCAGAAGGCCACCGAGGGGAAUUCUGGCAUCGUGCCGGUGAUAUUCACGGCGAGGGACGUUUCGGUGCAUGGACUGUGCAUGGGGAAAUGCGCCGACCAUGGGGUUAUUGACCAACAACCGUACAUCAUCGUGGGGAAUCCGCAGACAGAAUGCCCUGAGGAAUGCGCUUGGCCGUUUGCAGGAGGACCGAACCUGAUCCCGCCCAGCGGUGAUAUCGGUGCGGACGCCAUGGUCAUUGGGUUCGCCCAAGGAUUGGUCGACACGCUGACCAACCCACUGGAGACCGGGUUUUUCGAAGACAGCCUCAGGAAGCCACUAGAGGCUUCAUCGGCUUGCAUGGGUAUUUUCGGGAGCGGGGCAAUACCCGGGAGCAACCCGGGUAAAUUGCUCAAGGAUCCUAUCACCGGCAAGAGCUUCAAUGCCUAUGGCUCCAAGGGGAAGCGAUUUUUGGUCCCUGCGGUAUGGAACCCGGUCACGAAUGCUUGUUGGACCUUGAUGUAAAAUUAAAUCAACACACAUAUAGAUAUUACAUCCAUCUUUUAUUAUUACUCAAUCUUUAAUUAAUUUCUUGUUAAUUCUGAACCUGAUUUUUUCUUUCUUCUCGAUCUCUCUCUUUUUUGUUGUUGUAUUUUCAUCAUCUUAAUUAUUUACGUCCUGUAGCUGCGUAUAUAGCCUGACUCGAGUUUUGAUUUCUUUUAUAGACAUCGAUUUGUACUAUGGGUGAUCUUGAUUGUUUAAUUUUGAUAGAGAUCUAUGUUGAUUCUUUCGAAUUCAAACCUUGAUAGAGGUCAUUUGGAUGAAAGAAAUUUGCACAUUUGUG